CUCCUUGAUUUGUCAUAAGUAUUUAGAAUAUUUUGUAGUUGCAUACAAUAGUUAUAAUAAUCCGAAGAACAAUUUACUAAUGAUUCUCCCUAUCAAAGUUCUCUUUUGUUUAAGAGUAAGAAUUUUGUGAUUUUGGACAAGAAAACGAUAGAAAGGUAUUGGUACCAUGGUUCCAUCGUUGGAACGAGGAACAAGCAUUUCGAGUUCAUUCAAUUUUGAUAGGAUGUUCGAUUCCUCAGCGGGAAAAGAACAACAACAACAACAACCUCAUCUCGUGGAACCAAGCAUGUCGGAAAGUCAAACUCAAGACAGCCUCGGUGGAAGUCCGGUGGAGAGUAGCCGUCCGAUGACUUCCCGUCUGAUUUCCCGUAGACAGGAUAAGCAACAAUCCGACACGGAGAUGAUGAAAGAUAAAUUCACAAAAUUACUUCUAGGAGAAGAUAUGUCAGGUGGUGGUAAAGGUGUAGCUUCUGCUUUGGCACUAUCAAAUGCCAUCACAAAUCUAGCCGCGUCAAUAUUCGGGGAACAGACAAAGUUACAGCCGAUGGCACCGGAUAGAAAAGCUAGGUGGAAGAAAGAGAUCGAUUGGUUAUUGUCUGUGACUGAUCACAUCGUGGAGUUUGUUCCAUCUCAACAGAUGAGUAAGGAUGGAGUCUGCACCGAGAUUAUGGUGACACGACAAAGAUGUGAUCUUCUUAUGAACAUCCCUGCCCUCCGCAAACUCGACGCUAUGCUCAUUGAUACAUUGGACAAUUUUAGAGGACACAAUGAAUUUUGGUAUGUGUCGAGAGACUCUGAAGAAGGGAAGCAAGCACGGAAUGAUAGGACAAAGGACAAGUGGUGGCUUCCUCCGGUGAAAGUCCCUUCUGAUGGCUUGUCCGAGUCAUCCCGAAGAAUGCUUCAUUUUCAAAAAGAUUCGGUCUCGCAAGUCCAAAAAGCCGCCAUGGCAAUUAAUGCCCAAGUUCUUUCAGAAAUGACUAUCCCUGAUAGCUAUAUUGAGUCUCUUCCAAAGAAUGGAAGGGUAAGCCUUGGAGAUACGUUAUACAAGAGCAUAACAGAAGAGUGGUUUGAUCCAGAGCAGUUCUUGUCAACACUCGACUUGUCUACGGAGCACAAAGUGUUGGAUGUGAAGAACAGGAUCGAGGCCUCAAUUGUUAUAUGGAAAAGGAAACUUCAUCUAAAAGACAACAAAUCUUCUUGGGGAUCAGCUGUGAGCUUGGAGAAACGAGAGUUGUUCGAAGAGAGAGCCGAGACGAUCUUGGUCUUGCUUAAACAAAAGUUCCCUGGUCUUCCCCAAUCUUCACUCGACAUCUCGAAAAUUCAGUAUAACAAGGAUGUGGGACACGCUGUUUUGGAGAGCUACUCAAGGAUAUUAGAGAGCUUGGGGUACACGGAAAUGUCGAGAAUCGAGGAUGUACUUUACGCGGAUUCUUUAGCCCGAAAGCAAUGUACAGAUGAAGAAACAUCAGAUGGUGGGAUAGCAACAGAAAUGGAUUCAGAGUUAGGAGAGGAAACAGAGAAGCUUGACCCACAAUACUCAUCAAAGACAACAUUGCUUGAUUUUAUUGGUUGGAGUGACAAUAGCUCAAAAGGGCUGUCAGAGAAACCUCCCAAGUCUCCAAAAUUGACGCCAAAGAAAUUCUCGUAUUUGGAGAAGCUCGAGAACUUGAAUGGUUUUAGGAGCCCUAAAGAUAGGCAUUGAAGAAUGAAGACCAAUCAAAAAGACAUGGGAACAAGUAACAUGCAUGAUACAAUUGCGCAGCCGUACGUAAGUGUGUGUUAUUUUUAGGCAAAAGAAUGAAACAAGUAGCAAUUAAGAAUUGUCUUCCUUCCGGUUUUGUUUCUUGGACAGAGAAGUAUACU